AUGGGACUCCCAAAGGUUUCUUCAAGAGUUCGCGUGGCCUGCACCAGGGGGACCCCCCUGUCCCCUCUCCUUUUCCUGUUUGUUGCUGAUGCGCUGUCAUCUAUGCUGAACAGAGGUCAAGAAGAAGGUCUCCUGCGGGGUAUCCCUAUGCCCGGCCUCCCCAACCCUAUAACUCACAUCCAGUUCACGGAUGACACUCUAAUAUUCCUGGAAGCUUCUGAAGCAAACAUUGCUAAUCUCCACAUAUCCCUGCGUUGUUUUGAAGCGGUUUCGGGCCUGAGGAUUAACAUGUACAAAUCUAGGUUGCUGGGGACCAAUAUUCCCUCUCCCACUCUCCAGGCUUAUGCUGAUUCUAUGGGCUGUAAGGUUGCAUCUUUCCCUACUCACUUCCUUGGUCUUCCACUUUGUGUGGGUCGGCCUCUGAAUUUCAUGUGGGACAAGAUCAUUAAUAAAUUUCAUAGAUUUUUGGCCUCUUGGAAAUGCCGCUACUUGUCUUUGGGAGGUCGCCUGACGCUCAUCAAAGCAGCACUGUCCAGCCUCCCCCUCUUCUUUAUGUCUCUGUUUAGGUGCCCUGCUCAGGUGCUGAAAACUAUGGACAAGAUCAGGCGGGAUUUUCUGUGGUUCAGCAAAGAUAAUCAGCGGAAGUUCCACCCGCUCGAAUGGAGUGAAGUCUGCAAGGUUUUUAGGGGGGGUGGGGCCAGCAUCAAGAAUCUCAAAUCGAUGAAUUUGGCGUUACUUGGAAAAUGGGUCUGGCUAUUUGCCUCUGAGAGGGAGGCUCAAUGGGUGAAAAUAGUCAGAGGAAAGUAUGGUGUAGCUCCAGGGGAUCUGUGGCCUAAAGCCUUGUCAUCAUAUAAGGCCUCCCAUAUCUGGAAAGGUAUCCUUAGAAUCCAGAAUCAUGUUAUCCAGCACAGUUGUUUGGAGUUGGGGAAUGGUUCCACAAUUUGUUUUUGGGAAGAUUCCUGGCUUGGGGAGUUACCGCUCAAGAUUCAAUUUCCGCUUCUCUAUCGUCUGUCUCCGGAAAGGGAUAUCUGCAUCAUCAAUUGCUACUCGCUCAUGGCUGGCCGCAUAGUUUGGGACAUCAGAUGCUUCCGCAAUCUCGACGAUUCCGAGGCUUUGGAGUUUCAGACUCUUAUGGAAAGCCUCCUCAAGGCUUCACCCAAUGUUGCUUAG